CAGCGCUAUGGGACGAGUUGGAUAAUGAGUGAUCUGCUGACUGGUUGGGAUUUUCUGAUGAGCUGAAAGGAUCCCGCUGAGUUAUGAUGGUCUAUGAGCGGCAGGUAUGGAGGCUGAGCGGCUCUUCGCCUUUCUGGGGAUGCUUUAGUUUUAAUUUCACUCCCUUUAAUUCUCAGAUAACAUGUUAAAGACCCAUUUUUCCCUCCUGACGUGGUAGAUGUUCCGCAACUCGGGCGCAGAGACAAUGACAGCGCUGUGUUUUAACCGUGCGCUGGAAUAGAGACUGAAAACCUGAAAACAGCAGCAGGAAAGUUUCCCCUGAAGACAGGAACCCAAAAUGUUUGAAGCCUCAGGAAUCCCACUCAUCUUCCUAGAUGUUAUUUGCAUCAUCCUCGUUGGUCUGCCGUUUUUCAUUCUUACGCCUAAACAUGACCCCUUCAAGCGGGGUUUCUUCUGCAACGAUGAGUCCAUCAGAUACCCCUUAAAGGAGGAAACCAUACCCUACCAACUGCUUGGAGGAGUCAUGAUUCCCUUCACUCUCAUAGUUCUCAUCUGUGGUGAGUUUAUGUCCGUUUACCUAUCUCGCAUCAAGAAUCGCCCCUUGGGAAAGAAGUAUUUGUUGUGCAUCUACAAAACGCUGGGGAGUUGCGUGUUUGGAGCUACUGCCAGCCAGUCUCUGACUGACAUCACCAAAUACUCCAUCGGCCGACUGCGCCCCCACUUCCUGGCUGUGUGCAAACCAGUGUGGGCUCAGAUCAACUGUAAAACAGGAGAAUAUGUGGAGAACUUCACCUGCACUGGGGAUGAGUUUGAGGUGGCCGAAGCCAGAUUGUCCUUUUCUUCCGGUCAUUCUUCCUUCUCCAUGUACUGCAUGCUGUUCCUUGUUCUAUACCUUCAAGCCAGAAUGAGGUCAAAGUGGACACGGCUUCUACGUCCCUUGCUCCAGUUCUUCCUGACUGCCACUGCAAUAUACGUGGGUCUGACCCGAGUGUCUGACUACAAACACCACUGGAGUGACGUGGUCGCUGGCCUCCUGCAGGGGGGUUCGGUGGCUGUUUUCACUGUGUUCUGCGUCUCCAACUUCUUCUCUCAGCCAGUGGAACCAGUAGUUUCGCAAGAGGAAGAGGCCUCUCACACCAGUUUACAGGAUAACCCCAGCAAUGGUAACCACUACGGCAGCACUGAAUGACUUUGGUGCCUCAAAGACGUUUCUCUGCUCAGCCUCUAGUGCAAAAGGAACUCAAAGUGGACCUAAACCCAUGAAUAAACAGCACGUCUUCUAAAUUGCCUGCUGCGCGUUGGGAAGAAUGUCCUCUGCCAGCUUUGAUUACAUGGUGCCAUUCUUUGCAGCACGAAGGCUUUAGCUGCUACCUGGUGUAGCUUCAACUACAGAGACAAAUGAUCUGCGAUGUUUACUUGUAGCAAAUACUUGUCUGAUUUGACUCCUUGAAUGAAUAUUCCUUUUUUUUUUAAAAGAUAAUGAGCCUCUGUAUCCAUGCUGCAAGCUGGCUUGUAGAGGUUUGGUUGUACCUUUGCUUAAGGAAACUGGGAAUGUCUUAUAAACAAGGUCUGAGAUUUUAAAAAUAAUAUAUUUUAUAUUGAUUUUUGCCUUAGAUCUAUGCUGCUGCCUGAUGUCAGCUUCUUCCCAGAUGUAAUUGUAUAUGUGAAAUACAAUCAUAUUUUGUUUUUUUUGCCAGGCAGUGAGUCUGAAAG